AGGACAUGACGGCGGGCGGCCAGUCCGAGGGUGCGGACGCAGAUCCCACCUCCGCACAGCUAUCUUUCCGGACAGCCAAGCUGCUGUCGGCGCUGUUCUACGGGACCUGCUCCUUCCUCAUCGUACUGGUCAACAAGGCGCUGCUGACCACGUACGGUUUCCCAUCACCAAUUGUUCUUGGAACUGGACAGAUGGCAGUCACCAUAAUGAUACUGUAUGUGUCCAAGCUAAAUAAGAUAAUUCACUUUCCUGAUUUUGACAAAAAAAUUCCUGUGAAGCUGUUUCCUCUGCCUCUCCUCUACGUUGGAAACCAUAUAAGUGGAUUAUCAAGCACAAGUAAAUUAAGCUUGCCAAUGUUUACUGUGCUCAGGAAGUUUACCAUUCCACUGACUUUGCUCCUGGAGACCAUCAUACUUGGGAAGCAGUAUUCAUUCAGCAUCAUUGUGAGUGUCUUUGCCAUCAUUCUUGGUGCUUUUAUAGCAGCUGGUUCUGACCUUGCUUUUAACUUGGAAGGCUAUAUUUUUGUGUUCCUGAAUGAUAUCUUCACAGCUGCAAAUGGAGUUUAUACCAAGAAGAAAAUGGAUCCGAAGGAGCUUGGGAAAUAUGGAGUGCUUUUCUACAAUGCCUGCUUUAUGAUUAUCCCAACACUGGUUAUUAGUGCCUCCACUGGGGACCUCAAACAGGCUACUGAAUUCACCCAAUGGAAGAAUGCUCUAUUCAUCAUACAGUUCCUUCUUUCCUGUUUUUUGGGGUUUCUGCUGAUGUACUCCACCGUUUUGUGCAGCUAUUACAACUCAGCUUUGACAACAGCAGUGGUGGGAGCCAUCAAGAAUGUAUCCAUUGCCUACAUUGGGAUGUUAGUUGGUGGAGACUACAUUUUCUCUGUGUUAAACUUUGUAGGGUUAAAUAUUUGCAUGGCAGGAGGUUUGAGAUAUUCCUUCUUAACACUUCGCAGCCAGUCAAAACCGAAAGAGCCUGUGGAUGAAGAAAGUAUUCCUCUGGAUUUGAAGAGCUAG